GCAGUAUAAUAUGCAUGUUUACAUCGGCAGUAAAAUUUUAGAAUUGCAUGCUGUUUUUAACAUGUGCUUCACUUAAUUUUCCGGUGACGUAAAAUCGGAAAGAUGGAAGGCUUGUUUGGCGAAAAUUGUGAGAGGGAUACCUUGUCUGCCCCUAUAAAAUGCAUUAAAGAUAAAGCUAAACUGGUUCCUGCUUUUCUCAAGACAAAGGGCCUUGUGAAGCAACACAUCGACUCCUUUGAUCACUUUAUUAAUGUUGAGAUAAAGAAGAUCGUUAAAGCUAAUGAGAAAAUCAUAUCUGAUGUGGAUCCAUCUUUUUAUAUUAAGUAUUUAGAUAUAAAUAUUGGAAAGCCUGUAAUUGAAGAGGGAUACCAUAUGGUUAAUUUGACUACUCCACAUGAGUGCCGUUUACGAGACAUUACAUACAGUGCUCCAAUAACAGUAAAUGUAGAAUAUGUCAAGAGUCAAAAACGGUUCAUCAAAAAUGACCUAAACAUUGGAAAGAUGCCGAUCAUGCUACGCAGUUCCAACUGUCGUUUGCGUGAUAAAACACAAUUUGAGCUGUAUAAUCUGAACGAAUGUCCCCUGGAUCCGGGCGGUUACUUCAUCAUAAAUGGAACAGAAAAGGUGAUUCUCAUGCAAGAGCAGCUGUCCAAAAAUAGAAUGAUUGUUGAAAAAGAUAGGAAUGGUCUAAUAGCCUGCCAAGUUACUAGUUCUACACAUGAGAAGAAAACAAGAACCAAUAUAAUUACAAAGAAGGGAAAGUUUUACAUGAAGCACAAUAGCUUUGCUGAUGAUAUACCUAUAGUUAUUGUAUUUAAAGCCAUGGGGUUUGAGAGUGAUCAGGUCAUUGUUCAACUGAUUGGCAUGGAUGAAAUAACUUUGACAAAGCUUUUCCCAUGCAUUGAAGAAUGCAGAAGAGCACAAGUAUUUACCCAAUUACAAGCACUUCGUUACAUGGGCAGUAAACUGCGUCAAAGAAAGAUGUGGGCUUCUUCUCAAAAGAAAACUCCUAUUGAUGAAGCUAGAGAUCUUUUAACCACGACAAUUUUGGCCCAUAUCCCAGUUGAAGAUUUCAAUUACAAGGUGAAGGCCGUGUACAUGGCUAUAAUGAUUAAAAGGAUUAUUGCUGCUGAGAAGAACCCGAAGCUACUUGACGACAGAGAUUAUUAUGGCAACAAAAGAUUAGAAUUAGCCGGAUCCUUGCUAUCCUUGUUAUUCGAAGACUUGUUCAAAAGAUUUAAUUCUGAACUAAAGUUUGUAAUUGAUAAGUUAAUUCCAAAGUUAAAAGCUGGUCCAUUUGAUCCUCUGAAGCACAUGAAGCCAGACAUUAUUACAAAUGGGUUAGUCAAUGCAAUUGCAACAGGCAACUGGACUGUGAAGCGUUUCAGAAUGGAAAGAAUUGGAGUUACACAGGUCCUGUCCCGCCUCUCUUACAUCUCUGCCUUGGGCAUGAUGACCAGAGUUAACAGUCAGUUUGAAAAGUCACGUAAGGUCUCUGGACCUAGAUCUUUGCAAGGUUCACAAUGGGGGAUGCUAUGCCCCAGUGAUACUCCUGAAGGAGAGGGUUGUGGUUUGGUUAAAAAUUUGGCUUUGAUGACUCACGUCACUACAGAUCUGGAAGAAGAACCGGUCGCUGCAUUAGCAUACAAUUUAGGAGUUGAAGAUGUUUAUUUGCUUUCUGGUCAUGAAUUUUCUGAUCCUAAUACUUACUUGGUAUUUGUGAAUGGUACCUUGUUGGGAAUCCGUAGAGGCUACAAGAAACUGGUACAUAGUUUUCGGCUACUGCGUAGAAAAGGGAAGAUUCAUCCCUUCAUAUCAAUCUUUCCAAAUCAUACACAAAGAUGCAUUUACAUUGCGACUGAUGGAGGCAGACUUUGCAGGCCUUACAUAAUUGUAAGUAAUGGACAGCCAAGGGUGACUGACAAGCAUAUUGAUGAACUGAAUCAAAGAGUCAGAUUCUUCGGUGAUUUCUUGAAAGACGGUCUGGUGGAGUACCUGGAUGUAAACGAGGAAAAUGACAGCAAUAUUGCUGUGUACGAAAAAGACAUAGAUAGUGAAACAACCCACCUUGAAAUUGAGCCGUUUACCUUGCUCGGUGUAUGUGCUGGCCUUGUGCCCUACCCUCAUCACAAUCAGUCCCCUAGGAACACUUACCAAUGUGCUAUGGGCAAACAAGCCAUGGGAACCAUUGGAUAUAACCAAAAAAAUCGCAUGGAUACCUUAAUGUACAAUUUAGUAUAUCCGCAAAGGCCUAUGGUGAAAACUCGAACUUUAGAUCUCAUAAAUUUCGAAUGCCUUCCUGCCGGACAAAAUGCGACGGUGGCCGUGAUGAGCUACAGUGGGUAUGAUAUCGAAGACGCAAUAGUGCUGAACAAGGCGUCAUUAGACAGAGGUUUUGGACGUUGCCUGGUUUAUCGCACCAACAAAUGUACCGUGAAGAGGUACGCCAAUCAGACUUAUGACCGAGUCUUGGGACCCAAGAUUAAUGCUGAAACUAAGCAAGCCAUUUGGAAGCACCUUCCUUUAGAUUCAGAUGGCAUUGCAGCUCCAGGAGUUAAAGUUGACAACAGGCAAGUGCUUGUGAACAAAUCCAUGCCUUCAGUUUCCAGUGUGCUUCCAACGGAAUCUCCCACAAACUUGCAAGAACAGCAAUACAAAGAAGUUCCUAUAACCUUGAAGAGCAUCCUGCCAUCUUACGUUGAAAAAGUGAUGAUCUCUUCCAACAACGAGGAAGCUUUCCUGAUCAAGCUCCUUCUCCGACAGACCCGAAGGCCGGAAAUCGGAGAUAAAUUCAGCAGUAGGCACGGUCAGAAAGGAGUCGUCGGACUCAUCGCAGAGCAAGUCGACAUGCCGUUCAGCGACCAGGGCAUCUGCCCUGACUUGAUCAUGAACCCUCAUGGCUUCCCUUCCCGUAUGACGGUGGGCAAGAUGAUCGAGCUCCUGGCCGGGAAGGCCGGUGUCCUUACGGGCAAGAUUAAGGAUGGCACAGCUUUUGGUGGUGACAAAGUCAAAGAUAUCUCUGAGGACCUCAUCAAGUGUGGCUUCAACUAUCUCGGCAAGGACUGCAUGACCUCUGGUGUGACCGGUGAGCCUCUUCAGGCGUACAUAUUCUUCGGACCGAUAUAUUACCAGAAGCUGAAGCACAUGGUUGUGGAUAAGAUUCAUGCGAGAGCGAGGGGACCUAGGACUGUCCUCACCAGGCAGCCCACCGAAGGGAGGUCUCGCGAUGGUGGUCUACGAUUGGGCGAGAUGGAAAGGGAUUGCUUGAUUGGUCACGGAACGAGCAUGCUUCUGCUGGAGAGGCUGAUGUUGUCGAGUGAUGCCUUUGAUGUGGAUGUCUGCAACAAGUGUGGCCUUCUUGGAUAUUCUGGCUGGUGUCAUUUCUGCCGCUCCUCUUGCCACAUUGCAUCUAUCCGUAUGCCUUAUGCCUGUAAACUUCUUUUCCAAGAGUUACAGUCCAUGAAUGUUGUUCCUCGUUUGAAGCUGGCGAAAUAUUUUGAAUGAUGCAAUUUUGUAUAUAAAAAUGGAAUAAAUAAUGGUGCUAUUUUGUUUAC